CUUGUGCCUUGCCCAUCUGCUCUGAUGUCUCCCGGGACCCUGCAGCCGGACGUGAACACCAAGCCGUCGCUGGAUGGGAGCGCUGGCCUGCUGGAGGACAGGGAGGCUCAGGAAAUCCCCCCUCUGAGGAACUACCUCUGUCUCACCAUGUUCACCUGCUUCUGCCCCGCAUGGCCCAUCAACAUCGUGGCGCUGGUCUUCUCUGUUCUGUCCCAAAACAGCUAUAAUGAGGAGGACUACGAGGGCUCUCAGAGGCUAGGACGGAAGGCCCUCCACAUGGGGAUCGCCUCUUUCAUCAUCGGCCUCAUCGUCAUCACCGUAUACAGCGUUUUGCACUUCACUACGGUAUGAAUGCACCAGAUGUUGUGAUGUGAAAGACAGAAGGGAGGCUAAAGAUUUCAAGUGUUUUUUCCCUCUUCAACCCUCCAGCAUGUGGUUUGAUCCCUUGAGGAGGAGGAGGAGGAGGAGGAGGAGGAGGGA